AUGUCCUGCACGUUGAGGCUACCGCUCCGGCACCUUUGCGCUUUGAGUCCUCUUCCCAGCAGCCUGCCUGGUCGGAACUGCAGCCUGCUGACAGAGAAGACAGAAGGAAAGGGGAAGGAGAAGAAAAAGGCCGGGGAGUGCUGCAGCCUACCUGGUUCUUCCUGGGAGGAGAGGUUAGCAAAUGCAGUGACUCCACUGUGGAGACUUCCCUAUCAAGAGCAGCUGCAGGUGAAGUAUGAAAGCCAGAGGAAGAUUUUGCAGACACUGGCAUCUUGUCUUGAGGAGCUGGGCAUAGAUACGCAGAAACCUGGUGGACUCUGCUGUCCUCUCCAGCCUGUAGUCCCUUCACCCAUCAUUAAUGGCUACCGAAACAAAUCUACUUUCUCUGUGAACCGAGGACCGGAUGGCAACCCCAAAACUGUGGGGUUGUAUGUGGGAACUGGCAGAGCAAGAAAUAUUGUCUGUGUGAAAGCCAACUACGUGAAGAACAUACCCCCAAAACACAAACAAGUAGCUCAG